AUGCUAAACCUCUCAACACUCCAAACCUACCUCACACAGCUACUCUCGCCCACUGACACCAUUCACACUGCACUCCUUCUGACACCAGAGGGCGCAAUUGUCUCUUUUGCCUGUUCGUCUUCUCAAAUGAUGUGUUUACAGCGGUCGAAAGACGAGAUAUGGAUAUUGGCUGGGUUGAGCGCCGAGGUGUGGGCUGAGACAAGGAGUGAAGAAGGGGUUGAGAAGGGGAUGGGGAUGGCUGAGAGUGAGGUGAGUUGGAGUUCACGCAAACUUCUUGGACGAAUAGUUGUCGUUCCUGUGGAUGACGCUAGCCCGGAAUUACAAGAUGAAAGAGAACCGCUGCUAUUACUCGCUGUGAACGGUGGCGCGGAAGCUGAUUGGAAGACUAUGUGUGCAAAAGCUAAAAAACUAGGAGCGUACCUCGCGCCCUCUGUAAACAAACACCGCGGUGCUAUUGAAGCGUCUCCACUGAAUCAGACGCCAGCUAAGAGCCGGACGAGGAGUACGACUACAUCACCAGGGGGAGUUUUACGAUAG